AUGGCUGAAACCAGCGGGCAAGGACAGGGCAGCUGGGGGGGUGCUCAAAAUACUGAAAAACGGAGCACUCAGAACAAUAUGGAAAGAGGAGAUAGGUACGACAGCGACAGCAGCUCCUCUUACGUCAGCACAGACGAAGAAGACGAGCGGGAGCAACGGCAAACAUCGCAGCCGGGGCCCUCGGGGCGUAGCGGCUUAGCUCAGCAUGACGUCACCUCAACAGGUGGCUCAGCUAGAACAGAAAGGGGGACCUCAGCAAUGCGGUUUCGGGAUGAAAGAAAGCGGGUUAGUGGUUUUGGGUUAGGGCAGAGUUUGCAGGGAACGAGCAUGGGUUUUGCGGAGGGGUUAGCUAGAGAUGAAGCGGUUGCAUUCAGCUAUCUGCAGAGCCUGGGGCCAAUGAAUCCACUUGUGCGCCCAUCGCUGAUUCAGCAGCAAGAAAAGCGAGGGGAGCUCACCGUAGAAUCGGUCCUGCGGCCAGUGCUUGCAGAGAGCGGCCUCCGCUUUACGGACCUCUUUCUGAACCCAAACACACAGACUGUCGAAGACAUCGUCAGUCCGUGCUUCAACCUCUCCCUCAUUCGUGCCCUCCAUGUACCCAUCACCGGGUUGGCCCGCCCGGUGCUUCGACGGACCGUACGCGUCUGCCUGUAUGACGGGUCCCGAUUUUUGGGAAACUUCGUGACGAUGCCUUGUAAGACGCCAAAGAGGGACGUCGAGCCGUGGAUCUUUUCAACGAAGGCAAGUUACUCAAAGCACACAGAGCUUCCGAAACUUUUGCUUAAAUUAGGAAGGGAGAAGGGUUACGGGUCGUCAAAGCGCUUAGGGCCUCAUUACAAAUGGUCAGGAUCGACAGAGCUUCUUCUCAGCGAGACAUCAAACGGCUGGGACGCCGCGGGGAACCAGUGCCUGGUCCGGAGCAACGCCUGCCCGGGGGUGCUCACCGUGUACAUCGAACUGAACGUCUGCUAUGACGCCAGCGCCGAGGAGGCGACCGGGGCGUUGAACCGGGCGGGCUCGCGGACGGACCAGUCCCAGGUGGACGAAAUCACGUGCGCGCACGCCACGUUUCAGUUUCCGAAGACUCCGAAUGUCGGCAAGCAGUUGGCCGAGGACCGCGAGUUUGUGGUACCGCUGAUGGGGGGAUCUCUCUCAGCGCCGGUGGACCUGCAAGAGCUGGCGAAGCGCGAGGGGAGGAGCGCGUCGCUGUGGACGCGGCUCGCCGCGAAGCCGCCCAAGCCGACGCUGCGGCUGCGCAUCUCGCGGCUCAGCCAAGCGGAGCUCCAGCAAUCCAAAUCCCUUCCGAGUACCGUCCUCGCCACCCCCGCGCAGCUCCCAUUUUUCACGAUGCACCGGCAGCUCGCCGCGCGCCGCCUGCUCGCGCACACGCACUCCGUCGGCGCGCCCGCGGCCGCUCCCGCGCUCGCGCUCUUCCCGAAGCUCGCGGACGACCCGGCGCUCUUCGAGGCGCUGUUCGCGGUGUGGCAGAAGCGCGCGAGCUCCGUGACACGUGUCGAGCAGGCGCGGCCCGACGUGCAGCUGGUGCAGUUCCAGCGGUGCCUCCUGCAGCUGUGGCCGCUGACGCGGACGCGCGAGAUACCGCCACGUGGCAUGGCGAGUGACGCUAUGGGGCAGGACGCGCGCGCAGCGGUGAUCCGGAAAUACAUACAAAGGCCAGUAGGGGAGAACCUGAGCAGCAGCCAGGCCCACUGGAUGCACAAACCGUUCGACUCGAGAGAAUUCGUGUACGAUUGGCAGAGCGGAGUGAGUAGAGUCAGCUAA